UAUACUGCAAUAAAAUACAUAAAAGGAAAAUUAGAGGAAAAUUGACGAUUUCAGCGACUGAUUGAUCGUAACCUCGUAGGAGAUGUUCUUGUCGUGAGAUGGGGGUGUGAAUAGGCGCACCAGAAAUCAGCAAUGAAAGGCGUCUUCUCGGCGCCCGGAGAUUACGUAUACUUCAAGUCCCAGGUUCCUCUGCACAAGAUUCCUAUUGGCACAAAACAAUGGCGGUAUUAUGAUUUUGGUCCCAAGGUGGUUCCUCCACUUAUUUGUCUUCCUGCAAUAGCGGGGACAGCUGAGGUUUACUACAAACAGAUCAUGUCAUUGUCCAUGAAGGGGUAUCGGGUGAUUUCCAUUGAUAUUCCACGUGUAUGGAAUCAUCAUGAGUGGGUUGAAGCAUUUGAAAAGUUCUUGGAUGCUAUUGACGUUCACCAUAUACACCUUUAUGGUACCUCCCUGGGAGGCUUCCUAGCACAACUUUUUGCUCAGCAUCGUCCAAGGAGGGUUAAAUCAUUGAUACUCUCAAACACAUUUUUGGAUACGCGCAGUUUUGCCGCUGCAAUGCCUUGGGCUCCCGUUGUUAGUUGGACACCUUCUUUUUUGCUGAAGCGAUACGUCUUAACUGGAAUCCGUGACGGUCCUCAUGAACCAUUUAUUGCAGAUUCCGUUGACUUUGUUGUUUCUCAGGUUGAAACGCUCUCUAGAGAAGAUUUGGCAUCCAGGUUGACUUUGACAGUUGAUGUUGCUACAGUUGGUUCACUUCUGCUUUCAGAUUCAUUUAUCACCGUAAUGGAUACAAACGAUUAUUGUGCAACUCCUCAAGAACUGAAAGAUCAACUGAGUGAAAGGUAUCCUGGAGCAAGGCGAGCUUACUUGAAAACGGGAGGUGAUUUCCCAUUUCUUUCACGCUCAGAUGAAGUCAACUUACAUCUCCAGCUACACCUGAGGCGAGUUGGGGUAGAACCUCGGCCAGACUUGGUACGGGGCAUAUCGAAGGAUGGCUCCGGGGGUAGUCAGAGUGACAAAAAUCAGAAAAAGGAAGAUCCAGAUGAUCCUCCCCCCAAGGAUGAUAAGGAAAGUUCUGAAAGCGCGUCCAGUGAAAGCCAGUUACCUCCUGGUCCGGAAAGUUCCGAAUCUCACGGUACAGAAGAGCAGGUACUCAACAAUGCAAAAACUUCUGCCAUUGGUUAUGAAGAGAGAGUGAAGUUGCUUAAUGCAUUGAUGCAGAAAGAACAAAUCAGAAUCAGUAAAUUCCUUAUGCAAUUCACUUGGGGAAUCUUUCUUCCACAUUUGAUUGCUUCAAAUGUGGUUUUAUUGUACAGUAAUUCAACUUUUUGCUGGAAACGUGGACAAAUUGCAUGAAAUCAUCAAUUGUAUAUUGCCUUUUGGUUCCUUGUGUACGUACUUGAUGUAUACUGUUGUUGCAAAGAGUCUUCACAGAGGCUGCUGCUAUUGUUGAUUUAAAGGACCAAUUUAAAUGCUGACAUUCAUUGAUUCUCUGCA